AUGUCUGUCAUGACUGUAUUGAACUACUGUCCAAAGGAUAUGAAGGCGGACUUGUGUAUUCAUCUGAAUCGGAUGGUAUUCAAUGAGCAUCCAGCAUUUCGUCUGGCUUCAGAUGGCUGUCUUCGCGCGUUGGCGGUAAAUUUCAAUACCCUCCACACAGCUCCAGGUGAUCUGAUCUUUCAUCAAGGCGAGAGUAUUGACCAACUCUGCUUUGUGGUAACUGGAUCACUGGAGGUCAUUCAGGAUGAUGAAAUUGUCGCAAUCCUCGGUCGAGGAGACGUCUUCGGUGAGCCGUUUUGGAAGGAUCCCAGUAGAAUGAGUCAUUCCUCUGCCACAGUUCGCGCCCUCACUUAUUGUGAUCUCCAUUACAUUAAGAAAGACCGUCUUCUACAUGUGCUUGAUUUCUACACGGCAUUUGCAAACAGUUUUGCACGAAAUCUCGUUCUGUCGUACGACCUCAAGACGCGGCUUAUAUUUCGCAAACUAGAGGACGUGCGUCGAGAACGUGAAUUAGCCGAGCAUCGGACUAAUGAAAAUUACCUCUCUGAAUUGACCGCAGACCAUCCAGUUCGUCGAAUGAUCCACCGAUUUCGAAAAAUCGGCACCGCAAAUGCGAAUGCAGCAGCGAGCGCUGCUGCAGCCACAGGUGGGGAGGUUGACGGAAAUACAGUAGUUGGAGCUGGAGAGGAACGCACAGCCACCUCUAGUCUGGUCCCUGGGGUUAUAGUCGCUCCUCAACGACGAAAAUCUUUAGGAGGAGUGGAGUCAUCUUCAGAACAACCCUCUGAAGCUCCUGCUGCUACCGCCAAACCAGUCAAUAAAUGGGCCCGAUUGAUGUCUGGGGGAGGCCAAGGGACCCCUGCAUCAACUACUGGAGCUGGAGAGAAACCUGAGACCUCAAACGAGACUCCGUCUGAACAUUUGACGCAUGUUAACCCACCUACGGUGGCUGCUAAACCAGCACUUCAAAUCAAACGAACUCUUCAAUCUCAAACCAUCGUAGAAGAAGACGAAUCUUCUGGCUCAACCAAAGCUGUUAAAAGUGAAUUUCUCUCUCCAAUGAUAGAAAAGAAGAUCCAGGUAGUACUUGAUGCAAUCGGUUUGAUGCAAUCGACUAUGAUGAACGAGAUAACAUCCGUUAACCGACGAAUGGAUAUGAUUGAUGAUCAUCUCUUAAAGCUCUACGAAGCAGUUGGAAAGGUUACGGAGAGCCAAAAGACUCGAACUCGGCAACCGAGUGAAUCUGACGGUGGCGAAUCUGUUUCAAGUAUCCUUAGGCUCUUCAGGAAAUCUAGUCCUUCAACCAAAGAGCGUGUUGCAAAGAAAACUUACCCCAAUUUUGUAGAAAUGCAGCAUCUCCCUUCAACUCACAGUAAACGUGCCUCCGUUGCACUUGGAAUUUCAAGAAAAGGCAGGGGUAUACAUUCUUCAAAAGUGGGACCAGUGACUUCUGAAAUUGACCCUCUUCAGACCCUUGGAGAUGAUCCCUUGAUUUUCUACGACAGCUGUGCAGAUGAUAGACCUUCGAAUCAUCUCCGAACCCCCAAAGCUAACCAUUCCUCAAGAAGAUCAUAUGCUGCCGCAGAUGAACGUUUUGCAAGUCAUUCACCAUUCGGGACCAGGGGGUAUGAAGUUCUUUUGGGGUCAGGAGAUGGCCUUUCCUCGCUAAGUACCCUGGGCGGGGAUGAUGAAGAUUUGGAGAUACAAUUCCAUACACGAGCUCAAUCAAUAUCAGUGCCGAUUCCCCAACCACCAACUAGGAGAUCCAAUGGAAAUAGAUCUCUACACACUCAAGAGUCCACCUCCACGCGAAAUAGUGAUUCAAAGAGGGAUACCGUCGUGAGGAGUUCCUCUAGUAAGGGUACUGCAACAGAGUAUGGAAAGAUUUCGCUGAUUUAG